AUGCUACGCAUCAACCUUUAUCGAUUGAGAAGUAAGGCCGAGGCACUGCUGGCCGGAGAGCAGGCUGGAGUCAGAGCUAGGAGAAGCACCGUGGAACACAUUUUCAACUGCAGAAUCAUCAUUGAGAAACACCCGAAGCACAAACGUGAGCUCUUCUACAACUUCAUUCACUUAACUAGUUUAAAGAAAGCUUUCGAGCGCGUGUGGCAUGAUCGCCUAUGGCAUGUUAUGAGAGGAUUCACCAUUGACAAAGGGCCGGUGGAAGUCAUUCAAGAUCUCAACGGAAACGCCAGCAGCGCAGUACUUCUCAACGGACGGACAGCAUCGAGACUUCGGGAAAUCAGUGGGCGCGUCCGUCAGGGAUGUUUUUCUCUAUCCUGUCCUGUUUAA